AUGUGGGGGCCUAGCAGAUAUGUGUGUUUCCCUGAAUGUCCUAAAGCCAGUUCUCUGAGCUCCAGUGACAGGACCUUGCUUCAGUGCUCUCUAGUGGAAGGGGAGGUUGAUGGUAGCCUCUCUGAACCCCACGGACUGAGAGAAGGGGAGGGGUGGUCCCCCAAAGGAAACUAUUACCAAGAAAGGGGGGAUUGGGAGGUUUGGGAGUCAGAUGCCAAAUUCCAUUUUGGAUGUCCUAAUCAAAGACAGUUCUUGUCCCAAAACAGGAAGCAAAGAAAAAACCACACGGGCAAACUCCACGAGUUGGCAUUGCUGCUACCCUUGGCCCCAAAGAUGAGUAGCAAGAAGUUUACCAAGAAGGAGAUCCUGCAGCACAUUCUGCACUACAUUCAAUACCUCCAGAGAAACAUCGAUGUGGCCAAGGCCUUACUCAAAUUCCACACCAGCAACAGGGAAGGUGGAAUUGGGGGGCUGGGCCGGAACUCCUCUGUGGGCUCAGCAAGGCAGAGACACUUCACUCCACCUAGCUCCCCACACUCUUGUAAAUCCUGUCUUUGGGGAUCCUCUCGGAAACCUAGGAAGAAGCAGCUGACCCGAGCAUCAGGUAUAAGCUGUCAGUGGAGGGAGAACAGGACGUUGGGAAAGCCAGAAUGGGCCCAGAACCCUUGUUGCUGUCUGGCCCUGGACAAGCCCAAGAAGCAGGUGACCCCAUCCCAAGACCAGAAGGGAGGAAAUGUGGAGGGGACUCCUCCAAGAUGCCCUGAUUUCUACAUUCACCCUAUGGCUACAUCAGCCUUGCCUCAAGGUGACAGAAAUGGAAGAAGAUCCCAGCUGACAUUGCUGGAUGUGGCCAAGAACAAUGUCUACUGUGACAUCUCAAGUUGCUGUUGCAAAAACAAUGCCCAAGAUGAUGGGCUUUACCCUGCCUUGGGGACCCAGCAAGGGGCUGAGAGGACCUGUUUUCUCUACAGAACACAGCUCUAUCCCAGGUACAAGCUGGUGUUCUAUGAUUCUAGCGAGGAAGUGGACAAGGAAGCCCCAGAUGCUGACCCUUGGCUUCCUGCCUGGACCCCCGAGGGCAGCCCCAAUGGGAGCCCACUGGCUUUGGGGCCUCCCCAGGCUGACAACUGGAGUGUGAUGGGCCACCCGAGUGAGAUCCUAGGUCUCAGCCCUUCCCUCUUCAGCUCCCCAGGGAAAAUGCUGCCAGAACAGAUCUUGGAGGAUGGCAGCGAGUACCUGACCCAAGCUCUCUUUGAAGAAGUUUUCUUAGAUCCUGUGUCUUCACCUUCUUCCUGGAUGCUGGAGGUACCACAGAAGAAGGACACACCCAUUGAGGCCCCCGAAGACCUUCCUGACUCCCACAGCUUGUGCCAGUCCUCAGUGUCACUGGACCACCUCUCUCUGAGUGAAGACAGCCAGGCAUCAUCCAUCCCCAGCUCUGAGGAUAUGGACACCGACAAUGACACAGAGUUGGUGUGGAGGCAGCAGGAUGCUCAGGCCGACCCUGAGGACCUGAAGUCCACGAGUGAUGAGGAUGGAGACUACACUUGGACCCCCACCCGGCGGGUCUCGACCUUGCCCUCAGCCAGGAGGAAGACCGGGAAGGGCCAAGCAGGCAGGGGCCCAGUGAAGCCCAAAAAGAAGAAAGCCCCCUGCCCCACUCAAACAAAGAAAAAGUGUGUCAAUGGCUUCAUCAUGUUCUGCAGGAUGAACCGGAAGCAGUACAUCCGAGCCUGCCCGGGGACCGCAUCCACGGCUGCCACCAAACAGCUGGCCCAACUCUGGCGGGAGAUGACUGAGCAGGAGCGGAGACCAUAUAGCAUCAAAGCUCGAAGGUUCAGCCGCCAGCACAAUCGGAUUGUGAAGCAGGAAAGCUCCAGCAGCGAGGAUGAGGACUGGGGGGUACCCAAGCCCUUCUACCAGCUGCUGGCAGACAGGGCCCGCUGUUCCUCAGAGUCGGCUUCUCAGCUGCCUUCUCACCACAAAUGA